UCUUUCUCAUUCGUUGUUCCAUCUUUUUCCCCAAAUUUUUAACUUCGCAAGAUAUUUUUUCUCGUUUGAGAAAUUCCACGCGAAGCUUCCUCUUUCCUUGUAGAUUCCACCUACUGAGAGAUUCUUCGUCUUUAGGGCUCCUGAGCUUCCGGUAUCGGAUUCUAGCUACCUGAUGUGAUUGAUUGAGAGAGGUAACAAAAAGAGGGAGGAAAUUGGACAUGGAUCCGGCGGCGAUGACGGCGGUUUCGCCGAUUGAUUUGCCGAUUAUGCACGACAGCGAUCGUUACGACUUCGUCAAGGAUAUUGGGUCGGGUAAUUUCGGUGUUGCACGUCUCAUGACGGAUAAGGUUACCAAGGAGCUUGUUGCUGUUAAGUACAUCGAGAGAGGAGAAAAGAUUGAUGAAAAUGUUCAAAGGGAGAUCAUCAACCACAGGUCGUUGAGGCAUCCUAAUAUUGUCAGGUUUAAAGAGGUGAUUUUGACGCCUAGCCAUCUGGCUAUUGUAAUGGAAUAUGCUUCUGGUGGAGAACUUUAUGAGAGGAUCUGUAAUGCAGGGCGGUUUAGUGAAGAUGAGGCACGGUUCUUCUUUCAGCAGCUUAUAUCUGGAGUUAGCUAUUGUCAUGCAAUGCAAAUAUGCCAUCGGGAUCUGAAGCUGGAAAAUACAUUGUUGGACGGGAGUCCUGCCCCUCGUUUGAAAAUAUGUGAUUUUGGAUAUUCCAAGUCCUCUGUUCUUCAUUCUCAACCGAAGUCAACUGUUGGUACUCCUGCAUACAUUGCACCAGAGAUUCUUCUUCGACAGGAAUAUGAUGGCAAGAUUGCAGAUGUAUGGUCAUGCGGUGUGACAUUAUACGUAAUGCUGGUUGGAGCGUAUCCAUUUGAGGAUCCAGAAGAGCCAAGAGACUAUCGAAAGACGAUACAAAGAAUACUUAGUGUCACAUACUCAAUCCCUGAGGACUUGCAUCUCUCACCAGAAUGUCGACAUCUAAUAUCAAGGAUUUUCGUGGCUGAUCCUGCAACAAGAAUCAGUAUUCCGGAGAUAAAAUCUCAUGAAUGGUUCUUGAAGAAUCUUCCCGGUGAUCUAAUGGACGAGAACAGAAUGGGUAGUCAGUUUCAAGAGCCAGAGCAGCCGAUGCAGAGCCUUGACACUAUCAUGCAGAUUAUAUCAGAGGCUACGAUUCCUGCUGUUCGAAACCGUUGCCUCGAUGCUUUCAUGGCGGACAAUCUUGACGACCUUGACGAUGACAUGGAUGACUUUGAUUCAGAAUCUGAGAUUGAUGUUGACAGUAGCGGAGAGAUUGUUUACGCUCUCUGAGAUUUCAGGACAAACUCUGUUUUGUCCCGUACUUUUCAGACACCCAUCGGAGUUUUGUCUUGGCUCCUCUCUCUCCCAUGUUCAUUUUUGGACCGUUUGUUGUUGUUUUUUCCUCUACAAACUUUUGGAUUCACAUACAUAUAUAUGUUAUGUAUAAUAUAUGUAAUAUAUCUUUUAUAUAUUCCUCUUUGUUUCA